AUGGACGCCCCGUUGGAAGCAAAUCUGUAUGACGCAUCUAGCGUGAAAGAAUGCCACAACAGGAACCGCCCGGACAGGAACAACCCGGACAGCAGCGAUGACGGCGCAUGCGACGAUGAGGAGACGGACGCAGAAGCCACCGUAGUGAAUAAAGAAGGAAGCUUUUAUAAAAAGCUGUACGCCCUCAUCGAGUCCAAAUCGACCUACAUCAAUUUGGUCCUAAAGUGCAGGGCUGAGGGGGACAGUGAAAAUGCCACUGCCCAGAAGAAGCGGUACCUUAGGGCCAGUCGGAAGUCCCAAGACGAGGGGCAAGCCGAGCGAGAGAGUGCCUUAGAAACGGUUAGGGAAAUAAUUAAGAGGAAGUUUCCGAAGCGUGCCGAGGGCAAGAUAGAGUUGUACUUGAAGGAAAUUAUAGGAAACCCGCCCCCUGAGAACUGUGCCCUGCACAAGACCCUCUACCAAAGAAACGGAGCCAAGUUGUUCGUGAAGCACAACCUAAUCAGCUACCUCCUCCACUUCGUGGACAACAAAACGCUCAUGAAACUCAAGGAGUGCUCAAAGAUAGACAACGAAGUGGUAAGUCUCUACCUCCGAAAAAUACUACACACCUUAUCCUUCAAGGAUGACGAAAUAAAGGCCAAUAUCCACUACUGGAGAAAUGUCGUCAAUUAUUUUUUCUGCAAAACGGGUACUCUCAAACCAGUGGAUAGAAGGAAUUACCAACCUGUCACCAAAGAGUUCGAAAAAAACAAAAGCUUCUGUGUAAUUACAGAAGAUUCUAUGGAUUCAAAAGUAUACAUCAGCUUAGACUAUUUCAAUGAAAAACAGAUAACAUCCUGCACACAUAAAAAUCCACUGCCACACACAUGUGACGUUAUGAACGUACCAAACGGAGUGGAAGUUCUCCUAAAAAGUGAGAACAUCUCCAUUAUCGAUUUUGUUGAGGAAUACUACAAAAGACUCAUAGUUCAUGAAGAUGAGCUAAUGUGGCACAUAUGCAAUUUCAGAAAAUCUCGAAAAUUUUUAACGCUCCUUUUUCUCGAAUACCUCAAGUGUAUGCUCCAUGUACUGGAGAAAUACAAUGGCAAUUGUGUUUUUAAAAAAACAGAGUACUUGGUAAACUGUGGACACCAUAUUACGCACAGAAUUUGGAUCCAAAUGUUUUACGACUAUGGGUAUGAAACAGUAGGCAAUCGGAAAGAGGAAAAGGGAGACAUGAACAGGGGGCAGAGGACUACUGGGGGGUUCCCCAAACAGGAUAGUACUAAACAGAAGAAUCAAGUGCAGACGGAUAGCACAAUGAAUAAGACACUCUACUUAACCAUUGCUGACCAUUUCAAAUGGGAUGCAUAG